AUGCAUGCGAUGGAGAAGCAAAAGGAACUGGACCAGGAGAAAGAAAAUCUAAAAAGCCUAAUUGAACAGGAGCGCCGAGUUGCUGCGGAAAUCGAGAAGCAGGCAGGGGAGGCCCCGGAGGCAGAAGAAGAGGCACAAGCAGCAGCAGAAGCAACGCUUGCUGAAGAAGAGGCGCGCGCAGCCGAGGCAGAGGCCGCUCAGGAAGAGGAGACAGCAGAAGCGGAAGAGGGGCAACAACAGCAGCAGCAGCAACAGCCCGCACAGCUUCACGAGGAGGAGGCUGUGCAAGGAGGCCAACCUGCCCAGGAACCCACUACAACUGUGUCGUUCGUGUUACAGGAUAUAGAGGGUUCGCAAGGCCUCUUCUUGCAGCUGAAGAAAGCCAAGAGAAGAGCGCUGCGCACCGGAGACAAAGUGAAACGCCUGUACUAA